AUUAUUUGAGUGUUGCAAAGCGCAGUUGAAUAUAAAUGCCGCUCUAACGUCUUUUACAAUGUAGCUGCCAUAGAAACGACCGACAUGUUGUUUAGUGUUUUUUUGCGCUUUUAAUUAAAUUGCAAUAAUGACGUCCUCCAGCGCUGUGGAAGAUGAGCGGCUAACUGACUCAGAUUUGUCUGAUGAUGAGGAGCGCAAAGAGGAAGUAAAACCCGAAGAGAUACGUCCAGUAACGCCGCGUCCCACCUACAGCGAUGAAGAGUUGAACCAACUGGUUGAGUAUAUUCAACGCAUGACCACAUUGUAUUCGUUAAAUCAGCGCGAUUGGCACGAACAAGCCUUGGAUAUUAUCCGUCGUUGGCUGCUGGAAGUUAGCGAACCGCUUCUUACCGUUUUCUAUUCGGGUAAUCGGUUAACCGCAUACCUCGGCUUUCCCAACGAUCCUGUCGACGACAUUAGCUACUUCCUGCGCAGUGAACCUAAUGAAAUAUUCACUGUCGAUGGUUUCCACGACGAGAUUCACUUUGGCACCGUGCACAGCGAUGCCGAUGGUUGUCUCAUGUAUUUGCUGGAACGUUUCUAUGCACCCAUCUUUCGCAACUUUGACGAUUGGAACGAAAGUAUUCGUGCUCGAUUUUGUGCUAGUUUGGAUCGUUUGCUGGUCUUUCUCUGUGCCAUGAACUCGAAGAUUGGUGGCAUCACCUCGCUCUAUGUGCCGUUUGUGCUGCAUCAGAUCGGUGGCGAGCAGAUCGUUUGUGAUCGUGCUCUCUUCAAGAAUCUGGAAAGCAUUGCUGUCUAUUGGACGACACAGAUUCGCGCACUGCUCGGCGAUUGUACGCUGGUAGUGCCCAACGAUUUGGCCACGGUACAAGAUGAGUUUGAGUUCUGGGAGUAUCGAUUGGAGGUGCUUCAAGGACUCAACUCGCAGCUGGUGCAGUUUGACGUGCAGCGCGUGUUCAAGGUGCUGCGGCAGUGGCACUCGGUGCACAUGCCACAAAUUGAGCAGCUCAUUGAGGCCGCCAAGGUGGAAGAGCAACUAGCUGCGUCCAAUAUUAAAUAUCUCAAUCUACUGGUUGAACCCUGCUCCCAAAUCGAUGUGGCUGCCACGCCAGCUGCUGUGACGAAGCUGCUGCCCAAGAUUAUCCAUUUGCUGCGCUUCAUUUGGCUGCAUUCGGCUCAUUACAAUAGCAGUGCCAGGAUAACGAUAUUAUUUCGCAAUUUGAGCAAUCAAAUUAUCAAAUACUGCACCGAGCAUAUUAAGCUAGACGAAAUCUUAGGUGGUUGUCCAAGAUUCGGCAUUAAAAUGUGCAAUCUAUCGCUGGAAUGCUGUCUCGCCUACAAGGAACAUGUGCAACAGCAACAAGAUGAGAUUGGCUGGCAGCUGGAUCAGGGCAUUGUCUUCAAUCAUGUGAAUGCGUUUAUGGAACGCUUGGGUGAUCUCAUGGACAUUUGUGAAUCGAUGAUUGUGUUUGGGCGACUCGAUGAAACCGAGCACAUUGAGCCGACGCAAUUUAGUGGCACCAACGGCGAGCAACUGGAGAAGAUUGCGUCGAAUGUCGAGCAGCAAUUUCUGAACGCACUUGAGCAGCUAAAAAGCUGCGGCUCCAAGGAUGUAAUGUUGAAUGUGCAUCGAGGAGAGUGGUACGAACAGGUGGCCAAUUAUCGUCGCAGCAUGCAGCACAUGGAGGAGACACAACAGCGGCUCAUUGCGAAUGUGUUUCGACGAGUCUGCAAUGUGGAAGAAGCAUUGGAAGCGUUAAAUGUGCUGCUCUAUUAUUCGUAUCAUGCCAAGUUGCGCCCUUUCUACUUGCAGCAGGUGAACUAUGUGUGGCGGCUGUUUGAUGAGGACAUGGAUGCCACCACACGGCUGCUGUUGCAGCAACGUGGCAACGAAUCCUGGCUGCUGCCACAUGUGGCGCGUGCUUUGGCCUAUCGCAUCAAUUUAGAGCGCUUGACAUGGAUCUAUAAGCGAUUGCUGAGCAGCAGCAAUUCGUGGCUGCCAAUGGUGCCACAAGCCGCUGGCAUUAUUGCCAAAUUUGAGCUGUUGUGCGGCGACUUUGAGCGUGAGAUGCACAAUUCGUACGACAGUUGGCAGCAAUCGUUUGCCAAGUGUUGCGGCAAUUUGGGGCAGCGUCUGGAUCGCCAUCUGCUGCAGCGUGGCAAGCAGCCCAAGGCGCUGCUGCAGUGCAACAUGGAUGCAGGCGUGCUGCAACUCAAUCUGCAAGCCGAGCACUUUGAGCGUUUGGCUUUUACCGUGCCAGCUCCUGUCAAGAAGAUCUACGAACGUCACGACACGCUGCGUUAUGUUUGCAAUAGCGUGCAGCAAUUGUGUUUGGAUUACAAUCGUAUUAUGCAUGCUCUGAGCGAUCGAGAGCGUCGCUUGCUGCGCCCUUUGAUCCAGGACUGCGAUCGUCAGCUGGCGCCAGGUAUUUUCAAGCUCACCUUUGGCGCCAUCGUUGAUCCCAGCGAGGGUUACACUCAGUGGCUGGAUGAUUGUGUGCUGCACGUGAAGUAUUUGCGGCAGAUUGUUGAGUUGUAUAAGCGUGCCAAUCGGCAAAUUGUGCGCAAUUGCGAGAAGAUCUGCGAUACGGUUAUGCUGCGUUUGAAUUUUAGUGGUGCCGUCGACAUCUCUGUCUUUGAGCAGCAGCUCAGCAUCUGGUUAAAUCGCGGCAACAGCUCUUUGCGACGUUACUACAACAGUAUUGUGGACAUUAUGCUCGCUGUGGCGCUUGAGUUUGAGGAUGUCAAGGAGGAGCUCUCCACCGAGUGGUAUCGAUUUGUAAACGUCUUUGAUGAUAUGCUGGCCAGCGCUUUUCUCAGCUGCAUACGCGGUGCAUUGGAGUCGCUGCAGAAUGCGCUGCAUCGUGAGGACAAUAUGCCAUCCACACCCAUUCUGGUGAUGGAGUCCGAUGUAAAGGACUCUCAGAUAGUGUUUACGCCCGACUUGCAGAUGAUUGCCAAGCAGUUGCGUGGCAUUAUCGAUCGCGUGAACAGUUUAGUGGAUCAAUUUCCACGGCUAGGACACAAACUGAAGCUGCCCAAGGAGCAACGCAGACCUGGCUUUGGUCGUGCCUUUCGUGAGGAUGUCGAGUGCUCGGAAUUGGUGCGCAGCAUUGAGGCAGAAAUUACACGGCAACACGAACAGAUUGCAGAGUAUGUGGCGCAUUGGAUGAAGCACAACUCGCUGUGGCAGAUGACAGAUGAGAUAUUCGAGCAGCGAGUGAUGAGUAGUGCCAAGACUGCGGGUGUUUUUGAGGGCAGCAUCGAGUACUACAGCUCGCUGGCCGAUGACAUCUCGUUUGUGGACGCCAUUGCCCAUGUGCAUUUUGUGCUCAUCAAUCAGAAUCCCAUCAAGAGCACGCUGCUCGACUGGAUUGAAAAGUGGCAGGCGCUGAAUAUGAAAUUAUUACUCAACCAUGCCACAGCAUUGAUACAGUCACUCUAUCGCUAUAUGGCACGCAAUGAGCACAAGGUGAUGCAGGUGCCACGCACUCUGCGGGAAUCUGUGAUUGCCCAGCAGCUCUUCGAACGUCUUAUCAAAGCUUUGCCCUUGAAGCAGACACGUUUUACGCCCAUGCUCGAGUUGUUUGUGCUGCUCCACAAGUAUCGGGUCACCAUGUCUGAGGAGACGCGACUGCAGAUCGUCGAUUUGGAGACCAAUUGGUUGCACUAUCUUCACACGCUUGGCGAGGCUGAUGAAAUGCUCGAAACCGAUCACGAUGACUAUAAGCUGGUCUUGGCCCAGCAGGCGGACAAGUUUAGGCUGAUACUCAAGGAGUUUCACGAGGACUUCUUCUCCAAGUUGCCUAAGAAAUAAACUAUCAGGGGACUGCCACAGAACAGACUUCCACUCGAAUUUUACUUCGAUUUCACUCUUAGGUGCCUCAGAUACCUUUUUAGAGUGAUUUUG